UUAAUCAAUAGAUGGCAGUGUUAAUUGUAUAUUGGCAGUUUAAAGUUAACCUAAAAUUCAAGCAUAAAGUUUCAUAAACAUGGAUAUUUUAGAAUUUCAGGAUAUAAAAACAAUCCCAGAUAUUAUUCACCCCUAUACUUCAACUUUACGCAAUAAUUCAAUCCCCAUUAUAAUUGAUAACGGGUCGUAUCAAUGUCGAGUUGGUUGGGGAAACCAAUCUAAGCCUCUAUUAAUAUUUAAGAACUUAUUGGCUAAACCACGAAAAGAGAGAUCUAAAAAGGAAUCAGAAGCCCACACCCCUCAGCUACAAGUUGGAAAUGAUAUAGUUAAUAUUGAGGCUUUACGGUUUCAAUUAAAGACACAAUUUGACCGGAAUGUUGUAACCCAUUUCGAGGCACAAGAAAGACUCUUUGACUAUACCUUUAAACAUUUAGGUAUUGACACAGAGCGGUGUGUUGGACAUCCCAUUGUAAUAACAGAAGCUUUUUUAAAUCCAAAUUCGCAACGACAAUUGAUGUCGGAGUUAUUAUUUGAAUGUUAUGAUGUCCCAGGAAUUGUUUAUGGCGUGGAUGCGCUUUAUGCCUAUCAAUGUUCUCAAAAGCCACAAAAAGAAAACGCCUUAAUUAUUAAUAUGGGGUACCACACAAUCCAUGUAAUUCCAAUUCUAAAUAAUACAACAAUUUUUGAACACACCAGACGCAUUAACACUGGGGGUUAUCAUGUUGUGUCAUUCCUACAUCGAAUAUUACAACUAAAAUACCCAGCUCAUACAAAUGCAAUUACUUUAAGCAGAGCUGAAGAGUUACUCCACAGUAUUUGUUUGGUUGCUAUUAAUUAUAAAGAAGAGUUACAAAGGUGGUUAGAUAGUGAUUAUUAUGAAGCAAACACUAAAAUUAUUCAAUUACCUUAUUCAGCUAAUGUUACAACAUCAGCACAAACAUUAGAACAACAAAAAGAACGAAAACGCGAGUUAGCACGCCGAUUAACAGAAAUAAAUGCGCGAAAACGCGAAGAACGUUUAGCAGAAGAUGAGGAAAAAUUACAACAAUUACUUGAAAUUCAAGAACUCGAUUCGGUUUCGGAACAAUCGAAAGCGAUGAUCGAGUUUGAAAUAAAAAGUGCGGAAGAUUUGCGUAAAAAUAUCUCGGUUCUUCAAGCUAGAAUAAUAAAAACGAAGCAAAAAAUUAAUGCCGCGCAGUGCGGCGAUGAUCUUGACGAGCCGCAAGCGAAACAAUUAAAGAUAAAUAAAGUCGUUUUUGAUAGUGAAAAGGCAAUGAUGGCUUACGUUCAAAACGCGAAGAAAAAACGGCAGGAAAUUUUGAAUAAAAAAGCUGCUAGGAAACAAAAAAAACAAGAUAUGGCGAAAAGAAGAACUGCAGCCGGCCAAGAACGUAUGAGAAUAAUAUCGCAAUUAGCGCGGAAAGAAAAGGGGAAUGAUGAUUUUGGAUUAAGAGAUGAAGAUUGGGAUAUUUAUAAAACGAUAAGCAGAGAUGGUGGCGAUUCCGAUAGCGAUGCCGAAAACGAAAAAUUACUUGAAUUAGAAGACAUUAUUAGAGUACAUGAUCCUAACGAUGAUGAAGAUUCAAUGACCCCAGGCGAAGCGCAUCAAUUACAUAUUGGAGUUGAAAGAUAUCGAGCUCCCGAACUUUUAUUUAAACCAUACAUGCUUGGAAGUUCAGAAGCUGGCCUCUCAGAAGUAAUCGGAUACGUCUUAUCAUUAUUUGGAACCAAUGAUCAAUUGAAAUUAGCCGGAAACGUAAUGAUAGUAGGAAGUUUAGCCAAUUUACCAGGCCUAAAAGAGCGAAUACAAAUUGAUUUAACCGCGAUUAGACCCUUUCGAUCAUUUAGUAAAGUUUCGAUACUUUCAAAUUGCGGUUUAGCGGCGUGGCAUGGAGCACAGAAGUUUUCCCAAUCAACUCAUUUUAAGAAGUGUUUGAUUACGAAGAAAAAUUAUGAAGAAUAUGGUGGGGAAUAUUUAAAAUGUCAUUUAGCGUCUAAUUUAUAUUUAGCUACACCUAAAGAACAAAGUCCUGAAGUUGAUAAUAGUUAAAAUGAAUGUCAUUUAAUUUUAUAUAAUAAAAAUAAUAUUUAAAACAUAA